AGAAAAUGAAUUCAUAAGCCAUUCAUAUCGCUGAUAUCUUACACAUGUAUACAUAAAUACUUUUAACCCUUGCAUGAGCGUAAAGUUGCAUGUGUCUAUUGUUGUAAAAAAAAAAAGAAGAUUUCUCGUGUAAUUUCUCACGUAUGACUCCGUUGACCUUCACCUUUCCACUGUAUAGUGCUGUCUUCUUUUUAGUCACUGUAGUGGGCUUGAUCAAUUCAGCAUGGAGGGUAGGCAUUCUCUUUCUUGAAAAGCUACGAUCUUCCUGCCUAAAAUUUUUCAAAAUAUUCUUUUAUUUGUAGAGUGGUCUUUUGCAAAAAUGAGAAGGUAAGAGAUGUACACGGCUCAGUAACACCAUGUCAACAUUGUCCCCACCAAAUGUCCUCACUCAGUCAGUUAAAAAAAAAGGAAGGGAAAAAAAAUAAAGAAGGUGUAAAUGUCUGCAAAGGCACAGAUCCACACGGCUGCCCCUGUUAGUCCCACAAAGCCGUGGCCGCUCAAAUUACUUUUUAUGUUGCAUGCGUGAUAUUUAUAGCCGCAGUACAUGUCAUGACCGGCAUGACAUGUCGUAAGGUAUGUGACAGAAUGGCAGUUUCUUUGCAAAAAGGCUGCUUGGGAGUGCCACAGUGGGAUAUAAGAUAUAAAGUAUGUAGUGUUAUGUAGAUACUGUAAAGAGUUACACUCAGGAAGCAUUAUAUUGUUCAUGUUUUACAAAUUAAAAUAACAUUUGUGUAUGCAAAUAGCUUAUUAAUGAUGUUAUUAAAGUGCCCUGUUGAAAAAUCUCAAACAGCGUGUUGAUAUGAAUGGCAUGAGCCAUAGUCAGAACAAGGUCAUAUGGAGGUGAUUUGUUGCCUAAAAACAGAUUUUGCUAGAGGACUGGUUGGUGAGGCAAUUAUUAGGUUUGAUGGAUACAUUUUUUUCCGCCCCUGUACAUCCCUGAAUAUUUUAUGUCAACACUAAUCGGCGAACGCUCUGACACUUCGAUCGCUCUUUCUGUGCUGCCAACAGACGAGAACCUCACUCUCAAACACGACAAAGCGUUCCUGCUGUCGAUGGCCAACCGCGGGAAGGACACCAACGGUUCGCAGUUUUUCAUAAACUCUAGCAUCCGGCUCCUCCAAGCACAACCAAGAUGGCGCCGCACCUGGAUGGAGUCCACGUCGUCUUCGGUCUCGUCAUCUCCGGCUUCGAGGUGAUAAAGAAGGUUGAGGGGCUGAAGACCGAUUCGGCGAGCAGACCCUAUGCUGACGUGAGAGUGAUGGACUGUGGUCAGCUGAUCACCAAGUCUGCAAAUGAUGUACUUGAAAGCAAGAGGAAAAGAACCCGUCAUUCUGCCGACUCAUCAGCCAACUCCCGUGAAUCGUCCUCUCAGUUCUCUUCUUCAGCGGAGUCUGAAAGUGAAUCCGACGAAAAGCACAAACAUCGCAAGCACAAGAGACAUGCAAAGAGUAAACGGUCAAAGAAGAGGAGGAGGGAACCACAGAAGGCGAACAUUGAUGUUCUGCAUUUCGAGCAAAGCUCUGUGGAAAGACAGGUGUUGGAGGGAGAGAAUGAAGUGGAAGUAGAGAAGGAGCAUGGUGGGAAGAGGGAAAAACCCGUGGUCCGACCGGAGGAGAUCCCACCUGUGCCAGAGAACCGCUUUCUGCUGCGACGGGAUGUGCCUUCUCAGGAGGACAAAACAGAAAUAGUUGAGAAAGAAGAAUCUUCUCUGUCAGUUGACCAGAAACCAGCAGUGUCCAAGUCUGGACGUAAGAUCAAAGGCAGAGGAACGAUGAGAUAUCACACUCCCACAAGAUCUAAAUCCCGCUCUGCAUCUGUGGAAGAACGUGGCAGCAGUGAAACUCCACCACACUGGAAAGAAGAAAUGAAGAGGACCAAAGUUUAUCAACCACCAAGCAUUGAGAGAUGGAGCAAAGGAGACAGAUGGGAAGACAGAGGUGACUCCGCGUGGUCCCAAUCGGCAUCUGCAGAACUCUCUUCAGACCGCAGCUCCAGGAGGUCCAGCCUGCGCCUCCAGCAGAACAAAGAGAAGAAGAAAGCCAAACACAAAAAGAAGGCCAAGAAACGGAAACACGGCAAGAAGAAGAGCUCCAAGAACAAACCUCCAGAAACUUACCCGUCAAGGGGUGGGGCUGAGAGGUUGGUGUCUCCAGGAAGAAAGUCCAGAAGAUCCCAUUCUCCGACUCGUUCCUCCUCUAGUCAGCAUCAUUCGUCAGCUCGGAAGAGGCGGCGGUCCUCGCUGUCUUCCAGAGACACAAGAUCCUUCUCUAGAUCCUACACCCGUAGUCGGUCCAGAUCUCGGAGAGGGUCUUACUCAAGAUCCAGAGGCCUCACUAGAUCAAGAAGUCGGUCCCCUUCCAGAUCUUUGUCUUAUUCCAGAUCCAGGUCAAGAUCAAUAUCCAGGUACAGAUCCAGGUCUCGGUCUCCAUCCAGAAAGAGGAGUUCGUCCAGAUCCCCAAGAAGGAGGAAAUCUGGCAAGAACAAACCAAAUAUAUUGAUUCUUGUGGGUGACAAGCUCCCUGAGAGCAAAGUCACAUCAGUCCCCAGACCCCCGAUGGCCCCGCCUCCUGAAAGUGUCCCUGUGAUCCCACUGAGCGACAGUCCUCCUCCCUCACGCUGGAAACCUGGUCAAAAGCCCUGGAAACCAUCCUACGUCCAUAUUCAAGAAGUCAAAGCUGUAUUAACUACCAACGCUGUUGUCUCCUCCACAGCACAAGCAGUUAGUGUCACAGACAAACCUCAGACUUCAACUACGACAAAGUCUCUGCCAGGGGACUCAGAAAGCGACAAAGCAAGCAAACCUGCAGGGCGCUCACGCAGCAGGUCCACAAGGAGCAAGUCCUACAGCCGCUCAUACAGUCGUUCACAGAGUAGAAGUUACAGUAGGUCCAGGUCCCCUAAUCAGUAUCACAGCAGAUCGUCUUCAAACAGCAGAUCAGAGUCUGAAAACUCCCAGGACGUAAGCAGCAAUAAGAAGAAUUCACUAGACGAGGAAUGGAAAGAGUAUUACAGCUCCCUGAAGAGGAUAACAAAUGUAGAUAAGAGCGUUUCACUCCCUUACAGUCAAAAAGCUUGCUCAGUAUCUGAGAACAGGACAGGCAGUGACCACACUCCUGAUAUCAGUGUCUCAAGGAGAAGUGGCACUGAGGAGAAAACAAAAGAGGAAGGCAGCUCACAAGAUCCAGAGACAAAACACUGCGGCUCAGUGCCGGUUAAGAGCUUUAACAGCAGGUCGGAGUGGGACAGUGACAGUGAUAAAGUGAGCCAAAGCAUCAGCAAUGCCCCACCAAAGAAUCCAAAACAAAUGGCUCUGUCCAGUGAGCUUCUCGACAAGAAGUUGUCAACUCUCACUGGCUGGAAUUCCGAAAGUGAUUCUGAAAACUCGGCGGCCAAAACAUUAGCCAUAUCUGAAAAAGAAGAAGGGGAGGCUAGUUCGGAAUCAGACAGUGACGCCGCCAGAAGGACGUCUGCGGUGUCGAUGGCUUUAGAGCAAAAGAUCGCUACCGCCGCUGCGUCCAGUUCAUCGAAACAAAGUCCCGAGAAGCCCGUAGAGAAGCACAGGAGCAAGAAGAAGGCCAAACGCAAACAUAAACAUAAGAGGAGAAGUGAGAACAAAAGCGGCUCCCGUUACAGUAAGGACAAAGGCAAGCGAUCCAAGAGGAAACAUCAGAAGCUGAAAGAGACUUUUCACUGGCAACCGCCUUUAGAGUUCGGAGAGGAGGAAGACGACGACGAAUCCAAAAAGGAGAAACGCAGCCCUAGUACAGUUGGCAAAAAAAGGCCUGAUGUUGACGGUGUGACCGAUAAGGACCAAACUGUUGCCUCCUCGAACAAAAAUCCCAGUAGUGAAGAAGACAGGGGGCAACAGAGGGUUAAAGAAUGUAUUAAUAAUCACCCCAAACAAACCGAACCUCAUCAGUCAUCCGACAGGAAUAGUGCUAACAGGGCUAAUUUACCUAGUAUCAAAGAUAAAGAAUCAUUAGACGACAUGGACAUUUGUACGCGCGAGCAUGUGGUGGAAAUUGUAGAACCUCCAGUGGCACGUGAUUCUUUUGAAAACACCCCAGAUUUUAUUCUAAAAUCUACCUCAAAGUCUUGUGACGUGGCGAGUAAAGAUGGUGCUUUACCUCACAGCAGAGAGAAGUCGGCUGUUACCUCAACAACAGCAACAACAACUGGUGGACGUCAAGAUGUAGUAGCCAUAGGCACUGUAGUUAAUUUCAAAUGGAGGCCUUUAAAAGGAACGUCUGCCAAACAAAACAUGAACGUGCCACCUGUCCCUGCCAAAAACAUUCAAAUUCAACAGGACCAGAAUCCCAACACGCAGGGAGUAAGAAUGGAGAUAAAAAGCCAAAGCCGGGUCAGACCGGGAUCUCUGUUCGACGAGGUCCGCAAGACGGCGCGGCUGAACCAGAGGCCGAGGAACAAGGAGAGCUCCAGCGAGGAAAGCUCCCCGUCUGCGGGAAAGACCGGGGGGACGUCUCGCACGCGGGCCCCGAAGAAGUCCAGGUCGGCCUCCAGGAAGUCUCGCUCCGCCUCCAGUCACCGCUCUCGCUCCCGAGGUUGGUCGCACUCGUCCAGUAGGUCCAGGAGUCGCUCCCGCUGCUCCAGCUACUCCUCCAGGAGUUGCAGCAGGAGUCGGAGGAGACGGGGAAGAGGGCGGUCACGCUCUCGCAGCAGCACGUACCGAAAUUACAGGAGUCACAGUCGAACGUACAGUAGAAGUCAUUCAAGAAGUCGCUCGUAUAAUCGCCACCGGAGAUCCAGGUCGGACUCCUCUGACAGCUACUCCAGCCGGAGUCGCAGUGCGAGCAGGAGACGAGGGCGUAGACGGAGUGACAGCUACAGGAGUUCAGAGCGCCGAUCCCGGUCGUACCGCUCCUCCACUCGCAGUUCUUCCAGGCACAGAAGCAGCACUCGCUACAGCUGAGCCUCGGGCUGGUUGUCGGGUGGGAACAGGACCUCAGAGUCUGGACACUGUGCGUAAGCAAUGGUAAUCACACAGAGGAGAAGUUACUCAUUUGGUACUGUACUGUACAGUAUAUAUCCUCCCCACAUAAGCUAAUAUGAGGGUCAUUGAGGAAGUGAAUAUCACUGAAUGUAAAUGAAUAAACCACUUCAAAAGCUGAAAUCUGGUCACAGAUAAACAACAACUGGGUCAAAAUAGCAACUCAAUCGGGGGAAAAAAUGUAAUGGCCUGUUACAAAUAGCUAAGAAAUAAGCUGUAAAUAUUUUUAAAUUUUCUUAUACAUUUGUGUAUUCCUUUUCUACGUCUAUUAUUUAUACACUGAAGUGUACAAAAGUGUGUAACCCCUUUUAUUUGUGACAUAUCUGAGGGGUUGGUGGUUUCUGGGGUUGAGGUUAUGCCUUAAGUUUAGGGUCAACAUGACUGGAUUGUUUUGUUUUUCUUUGAAAAAAUCUUAUUGAAUGGUAAACGGAACUUUCUUAAGCAGGUUCAAGCUGUAAUUUCUCCUUGUUCCGUUGGUUUUAUUACCGUGUGAUGAAUGUUAAAAACAACUCAAAGCUGACUUUUAUUCAAACAGUUAUGAAUGUAUAUGCUGAAUAAAUUCCACCAUAUCAUGUGA